AUGGACAUUCAGCAAGGUAACCUUUGUAUACUUAUUAAUAAAUAUUUCUAAAAAAAAGAAAACUUUUAUUUUUUUCGCCUCAAUCAUUAAAAGUAAAUAAAUAAAUAAAUAUGUAUAAGGAAUAGAAAAAGAUAUAAGAAAUAUAAAAACUCCUGUAUCCAGUUCCCGCAGCUCAUAAUUUUUUCAAAAUACUUUUGAAAUAUUUUGUAACAGACUUGAAGUACCUGUACGGUUGGAACUAUUAUGUGAUGAAGACUGUGGGCAUUUGGCCGGAAGAGAGGAAAUGGAACCGACCUUCGAGUUACAUCGUCCUGAUACCGUUUCUCACGAUGCUGUGUUUUGUAUGUGUUCCGCAAACUAUUAAUCUAGCGUUCAUCAUAAAAGAUCUGGAUUUAGUGGUCGAGAAUUUAUCGAUGGGCAACGUGACCGUCACGAUUUGCAUUGUGAAAACCGUAGCUGUUUGGCUCAAUGGCAAACGUAAGUAUUACGUAAUUGAAUCGUAGAAAGUAUGUUCGAUUUUAGUCAAAUCUUAUUUCAACUACCAGUUAAUAUAAAAAUUGAAAAAUUUACAAAUAUUGUAAUUACUCACUUAUCAUGUUCUCUCCGUACGACCAUAUACACUGGUUGCGAAAACAAUUGCAAUAAAAGAACAAAAUCGUAUGACAUUCUAAAAAUCAUUCACAAAAAAUUCUUUUUACUUUCCGACCAAAUUUUAGUAACCAAAGGAAACAUAUCUACGUAAUUUUCAGAUUUCUAA